GGGGGCUCCGGGGGGCGGGUCCCUGUGCCGCUGACGUCCCGAGCAGUGCUGGGAAGUAUAGGCUGUGUUGUCACGCCGGUGUCAGUCUGAUGAAGAUUGGCAUCAGGUUGAAGUCUGGAGCAGGACUCUGAGCUCUCUGUCCUCCAUGCCGCUCACCAGAAUAGAUACUGUGAACUGUGCGCUGGCUCUAGCAGGCAGGAAGGCAUUCUGGCCCAGCUGGAAGUGAGAAGAGGGGAGCAAGUCUCCUGAGGCCCAUCCUAGAGGCCGCCAGGAUCACCCGAACAAUCCUCCAUGUGAAUCAACCCCAUGAUGCAACAUGCCUCCCCAGCCCCCGCUCUGACGAUGAUGGCCACGCAGAAUGUCCCUCCCCCACCCUACCAGGACAGCCCGCAGAUGACGGCGACCGCGCAGGCACCCUCUAAGGCCCAGGCUGUCCACAUCUCCGCACCCUCGGCUGCUGCCAGCACGCCCGUGCCCAGCGCCCCCGUUGACCCCCAGGCCCAGCUGGAGGCUGACAAGCGAGCUGUGUACAGGCACCCUCUUUUCCCGCUCCUGACGCUGCUGUUUGAGAAAUGUGAACAGGCCACCCAGGGCUCUGAGUGCAUCACCUCCGCCAGCUUCGACGUGGACAUCGAGAACUUUGUCCACCAGCAGGAGCAGGAGCACAAACCCUUCUUCAGCGAUGACCCGGAACUGGACAAUCUGAUGGUGAAGGCAAUCCAGGUCCUGAGAAUCCACCUGCUGGAGCUGGAGAAAGUCAAUGAACUCUGCAAGGACUUUUGUAAUCGUUACAUCACCUGCCUCAAAACCAAGAUGCACAGUGAUAACCUGCUCAGGAAUGACCUCGGGGGGCCCUACUCCCCCAACCAGCCCUCCAUAAACCUUCACUCACAGGACCUCCUGCAGAAUUCCCCCAAUUCCAUGUCUGGAGUCUCCAAUAACCCCCAAGGGAUUGUGGUCCCAGCCUCAGCGCUCCAGCAGGGCAACAUCGCCAUGACAACCGUCAACUCACAAGUGGUGUCAGGUGGAGCUUUAUACCAGCCGGUUACCAUGGUAACCUCCCAGGGUCAGGUGGUCACCCAAGCAAUCCCCCAGGGAGCCAUCCAGAUCCAGAACACACAGGUUAACCUUGACCUCACCUCCCUCCUGGACAAUGAGGAUAAGAAGUCCAAGAACAAACGAGGAGUCUUGCCCAAGCAUGCCACCAAUAUUAUGCGUUCUUGGCUCUUCCAGCAUCUCAUGCACCCCUACCCCACGGAGGAUGAGAAGAGGCAGAUUGCAGCCCAGACAAACCUCACCCUCCUACAAGUGAACAACUGGUUCAUCAAUGCCCGGAGGCGCAUCCUACAGCCCAUGCUUGAUGCCAGCAACCCAGACCCUGCCCCGAAAGCUAAGAAAAUCAAGUCGCAGCACCGACCCACCCAAAGAUUCUGGCCCAACUCCAUCGCUGCAGGGGUGCUGCAGCAGCAGGGCGGUGCCCCGGGGACAAACCCCGACGGUUCCAUCAACUUGGACAACCUGCAGUCCCUGUCCUCAGACAAUGCCACCAUGGCCAUGCAGCAGGCUAUGAUGGCCGCACACGAUGACUCAUUGGACGGGACAGAAGAAGAGGAUGAGGAUGAGAUGGAGGAGGAGGAGGAGGAGGAGCUGGAGGAGGAGGCCGAUGAACUACAGACAACGAAUGUCAGCGACCUGGGCUUGGAACACAGUGACUCCCUGGAGUAGUCGGGCAGCCCAGAUGGCACUGAGCGCCGUGCAGCAGAGGAGUGUCGUCAGGAGGGCUUCAGGGUGGGGGGGAAGGGGACACGGGCAGGCCGCCCCAAGGAAGUUGGGCCCUAGCUUCCCAAAAUCAGUAGCUGGAAGAAAUGCAGAGGAAACACCUGCUCCUUCCCGACCACCAGGCUUCAGCGAGUGCCCCGGCCCCACCUCCCUAGAACUGCAGAGGACGCCGUUUGAUGGGGCCAGUCGAGCAGCCUCAAUGGAGAGGCAGGAGUGAGAUCUGGACUCACCGAAUCCCUGAGGACAGAUGGCACCCACGGCCCCCUACUGACGGACUUGAGUUGUUUACAAGCCCUGCACUGCGAGGUGGGAUCAGCGCUGUUCACAGAGUGAGCCUUUGCCAGGGGACAGAGUUAGGAGGAAAGGGAGAGGCAAAGGGGGUCUGGCUUCCACCUUCAGAAGGUUUCUCAUCUCCUUUGAGAGACAUUCAAGGGCAGGAGGGAGUCUAAAUGCAUAACCAAUGGCUGGGGGUGGGGGAGGGUGAGAGGCACCACAUCUUGCAGAUCAGAUCGGGACUUGGAUUCCGUAGGGCUCCACUCACUCCUCCAAGGCCCUGUCUCCAGGCAAGGCCACUGUGGACUUAGGAGAGAGGGACAGGAGCCGCCAGAACCACCUUAUCUCUCUCUCCUGGAAAUAAAUGGUAAGCUAAGUUGGUGGGCUCAAAUUACAGGAGGUAAAGAGGAGUCCCAUCACCUGGGUUGCCUCCAGGACACAAGAAGAUGGCAGAACCUGGGCUAGGAGCCUUAUCAAGGUGACCUUGGGGACCACAGCCAUCCCCAGGUGGUCACAGAACUCAGCUCCUGUAACAGCAGGACAGUGGUGUCUUAUCACAGACGUUGCAGCCCUCAGAUGGAGCUCCUCACACGUUCCACCCCUUCCGUGGGCCUCCAGAGAGGGUGGGGCCAGGUUAUCUUGGAUUCUGUCCACCCCUCCAGUCCCGCACUGCCAUCCCUCUGCUACCAAGCUGGCUCCACCAGCCUUCAUCCUCUCAUCUUCGCUCCAUCCUUCAGAGAAGGCAGAAGAAACAUUGGAAAGAAGCAUCCAGCCCACUGGGAAGCCAGGGGCUGGAGAAGGUGCUACAUCCCUCUUCCCAUCAAUAUCCAAAGUGUGCUGGAGGGCCCAGAAAAAUGCACCCCGAAGCCAAGGGGUGCCCCACCCCACCCGCCUUGCUGUCCGACACGCACUGGAGGAACUGGGGCUCCGUGAGGAGGAGUCUUCCCACUGUCUGCCCCAACACACACCCUCCCACCCCAACUUUCAGGCCCCCAGGAUUGGCACCCCACUCCUCCCGUCCCCUCCACCCCUGUGGCUGUGAAUGACAGGGCUGAUCACACGUGUGUUUUCCAUUGAAUUGAAUUUAAUGGAUUUGCAGUUUCAUUUGUCAGUUGUGCGUUGGCCAUCGCUGUCAUGGCAGGAUGUGAGUGGCUACCAGGCUCAACUCGAGGGGCCCCUCAGGGCCCUCCGAGGUGGAGCAAAAGGAUGGUGGUGGCUUUCCUGAGGUCUCCCUGAGAUGAAUGUAUUUCUCCCCCAAAAGAGCUGAUAUUUAAUGUUUUAAUAGGGAUUUUUGAGAAACAAAUAAUCUUAUUUAUAA